UAGGGCAACCAUAAAAGAAAUAAAGAGAAACGGUUUACUAAAAUAAAAUUGUUAUCUCUAAAAAUUCGACGACAGUGCCAAACUCCAAAUUAUCGAAAUUUUGCCUCGGUACCUGCUGGUAAGCAACAUAUUCCUUUUUGCGAGAGGCUCUUUCCAAAGCUACGUACGGAUGUUUAUAUUUUCAAUGCAAUAUUCUGCGAUGGGUUUUUUUUAAUAUUACGAGAGUUCUUAUGCUACUAGUUCAUUUCUUCAACUUAGCUUAUUAUCAACAAAAAGAGCAAUGAAUUUUCUAGUAAUAUGCUAAAUUGAAUAACACUAUGCGCGUGUACUCGGCGUAUUAUCGUGAGCGUGAGAUAUGUAAACCGAAAAAGGCGAUUUUAUUUUUCUAGCUAUUUUAGUCAUACAUCCACAUCCCCAACAGUUUUUUGCUCUCUCUGUCUCUCAUAUGAUGUGGAAAGUCUGGCGUACGUUCUUAGAUUGGAUCAAGGGCUUAUUUUGGGGCAAGGAAUUGGAAAUUACAAUUUUAGGUUUACAAGAAGCUGGUAAAACGACUUUCGUUAACACCAUAGCUCUUGAUACCCAUGAAGAUACUAUACCUACCAUAGGAUUCAACAUGAGAAAAAUCACAAGAGGAAAUGUGGUCAUUAAAAUUUGGGAUCUAGGAGGAGAGAAAAGAUUUCGAGGCAUGUGGGAUAGGUAUUGUAGGGGAGUAGAUGUCAUAGUCUUCAUGGUUGAUGCAGCAAAUAUCAAGAAACUAGAAGAGUCAAAAAAGGAGCUUCGAGAAUUGUUGCUGAAAAAGCAAUUAACUUCCGUUCCCUUAUUAGUUUUAGGAAAUAAGAUUGAUCUUCCAGGUGCACUUAGUCAAAAGGAAUUUACCUAUGCAAUGAACUUGAGUGCAAUAGAAGGACGGGAAGUAUCCAAUUACAUGAUCUCUUGUCGAAAAAAGGAAAAUAUUGAUGUUGUCUUGCAGUGGUUAACAGUCCAUUCUAAAUUGCCAUGAUACAUUUCCCCUGUUGCUCCU